AUGGCUGAUGGUGGGUAUGUGGGUGACACGGACAGCAUGAGCAUGGCGGCCCGUGAGUUUAAGCGUCGCAAGUUGCUGCAGGCCCGGAGCAACUACCUCGACUGCCGUUUUGCUUCGACCGACGUCGAACAUGAGCGAGAUAUUGGCCUGGGUGCCCUAAGCGGCUAUCGGGUAUUGCUCUCCCUAGCUGUCGCAACGGUGGUACAACAAGUACGACCUGGUGCUUCUCCAUCCCCAACACCGACUAACGACGUCGAUCCGAACAGCUCUGUGUUUUUAUGGGGUGGCAUGUUGCACAUGCUUCCGGAAUUCUACAUGGCCAAGCAAGGCUCACCUCCAUGCCCUUCGGCCAGUGCGCUGGAGCUGGCAGCAUCUUUUCCCGUCGACAAUGGUCUCUUGGACCCUAUUCGAACAACCACGUCAAAAAACGUUCUCGACGGGACGGACAACUACAUGUGUCGAUGGCCGCCAGACUUGUCCGGCAAGUGGAGCCGACCGCAGACCCUCGGCCCUACCGCAAACGGAAACCAGCGAGCUGCAGAGACCUAG